AAAGAAAUACCAACAGCCCUGGCUGUGAUCACUGAAGACAGAUUCCAGCAGUGUUUUACCCAAGAACAAAAUACUGGCAACUCAACUGUUAAAGCUGUCUGUGACUGUUCUUCCUUGAGAUCACUCUGAUGUCACCAGUGUAAUCUGAGCCCGGAGCUUUUGUUCACACUUUAAAUAGCAGUGCUGGAAUGAUUUUGCCACAGACUCUCUGGAGAGCCAGGAGCUGAAUUCCGGGAGAUCCCCACACCCAUGAGAGCAAAGAGAAGCCAACAAGCCGUCAUGUCCACGUCGCUGCGAGUUAGCCCGUCCAUCCACGGCUACCACUUCGACACGGCCUCUCGUAAGAAAGCUGUGGGCAACAUCUUUGAGAAUAUAGACCAAGAAUCACUACAGAGGCUCUUCAAAAACUCUGGAGACAAGAAAGCAGAGGAGAGAGCCAAGAUCAUCUUUGCCAUAGAUCAAGAUUUGGAGGAGAAAACUCGAGCCCUGAUGGCCCUGAAGAAGAGGACGAAGGACAAGCUUUUCCAGUUCCUGAAGCUAAGGAAAUAUUCCAUCAAAGUUCACUGAGGACCACAGCACCGAUGAGGACUUCCUCCAAGAACGAGCACUGAAAGACCCAGUGCCGAGAGAGGCAGCGUGCUGUGGCUGCCUUCUAAGCUUCUGUCCUGUCAGAACUCCGAGGUGGACGGCGAGGUGGACAGGUGCAGAACUGACUGGCUGCCUUCAGCCCCACGUGGCCACAGUGGUGAACAAAAUGGUUUCAUCAAGGAUCUGAGAACUCUCCCGGCCGGCCAGGACUGGGGCUGGUGGCUGAGGCUGGCCGGCUGUGAGACCCGAGACUGCAGAUGCUGGGAAGACACACGUGUGGGGCUGCCCUCGGGCCCCGGAACUCACACUCAAAAGAACUGCUUCUUUCUCCUCUUUUUUCUUUUGGUUCUUAUUUUGUUUUUAAAACCAAACCAGGUAGGCAGGCAGAGGGGAGAGGGAGAACAGAGAGGGAAUUCUAAGCAUAAAUGGUUUACUGAAUUAUUUUUAUCUGAAUGUAAACUGGGGUCAAGCCUCAGUGUUAUCUGUCGGUGUAGAUUUUUAAGGACCAGUUGUUGAUUGUUUAUUUGCACUUAUUACAUGGCCUGCAGUGCACCACAUAGGUGCUAAGUGCAAAUGGAAGGAACUGUGCUAUCUUCUGCAGCUCAGUAAACCUAACGCCACCUCCUGGCUUAUUGUAAAGGGGUCUUUAUAAUUUUCAAACCACUGCCCAAAUCUAAAAUAAUGGUGUUCUUUAGAAGUCUGAAGUACUGUGAAAAAAAAUUAUAGUUUUGUAUCUUCUGACUAAUGUUAAGAUAUCAUCUAAGUAUAUUUCUUACAGUUACUGUAAUAAGCAUUAGAAAGUGAAUUUGAUACAGUUUAUAAAGAUGCUAUGGUUUCUAUAAUUUAUUAUACACGGCAGGUGAUAUGUAACCUUGUAAUAAAUUAUUAUAAACUCAGAUGUUCUUGGUCUGUGGUGGUUGGUCU